GCCCAACUCAAACCUCCGGUAAGCGUGCGCUCGCGUAUGGAGACCUGAUCCAGCGAUGGCGGAGCCGGAGGCGGCCGAGGCGGCCGAGGCCGCGAGCUUGCACGUGCAGUGCAAGGACUUCACCAAGAUGCCGUGCUCGAAGCUGGAGCAGUGGCUGGCUGAGGCGAGCCCGGUGCCGCUGCAGAAGGUCUUCAAGCUCCAGACCUGGAGCUACGCCUUUGUCACGGUGCUACCGGAGCACCGUGAGCAGUUCCGAGAGGCGAUGAACGGCGCGCUCUGCCGGAAUUCCAACAUCACAGUGAAGGACGGCACUCCGCGGAAGCCGCAGAAUGAGGAGGAGCGGGCGGCGAAGCGCCGGAAGAAGGGGGAGUUCCCGCCUGGGCAUAUUCCCACCCUCAAAGACCUCAAGGAGAAGCUGAAGAAUCGAGAUCCGGGGGACGUGCUCCACAAGAGCGCGCCACUCAUUGAUUGGAGCUACGAGACGCAGCUAGGCAUGAAGGCCACGCACAUCAAAUCUGCGGUGCGGGCCUUUACGAAGCAGGUGAGCCAGAAGUGCAAGGACCUGAGUUUGCAAACGCCGCCCUGGACGACCUUCGAGUGGUCCAAAGCUUCCGGGGCGCCCAUGGGCUGCGCCUGCCCGCUGGAUGAGGCCAUCGGCACCCCGGCGGAGAGCCUGGAGGGGUACAGGAACAAGUGCGAGUUCAGCAUAGGCAGGGACGCCCAAGGGGAGCUGGAGUGCGGCUUCGUGCAGCGCAUCACGGACGACGGCUUCGGGCGCUUGGUCGCCAGCUGCCAGGAUGUGCCCGGGGCCCCCAGCCAGCGCUUGCUCGAGGCACACGCCAGAAUUUCGAUCGAUCCGUCUGGCAAUGGAUCUGGCAUGGGCAGCAUGAGCCCUUUGGAGCGCAAGGAAGCCGGGAACCAGCUCUUCAAGGAGGGCAAGUGGCAGCAGGCAGUGGAGCAGUACACGGCAGGCCUGGAGAGCGCCAAUGAUGAGAACUUGGCGCCAGACCAGCGGGGGCUGCUGCUCUCCAACCGCAGCCAGUGCUGGCUGAAGCUCAGCGACUUCCAGCGAUCCCUGGAGGACGCCAACGCCUGCCUGGCGCUGCUGCCGGAGCACGCGAAGUCCCUGGUGCGGCGCGCCACCGCCUUAGAGAACCUCGGCAGGCACCAGGAGGCGCUGCUGGACUUUGCGCGGGUCGCGCGGGCGGACCCCAAGAACUCUGUGGCGGUGGAGGCGGCGAAGCGCCUGCGGGAGGAGCUGGCGAAGAAGAUGGAGCGGAGGGACGAGUCGAGCCUCCCCAGCCGCCUACUCGCACGGCUUCGAGAAGGAAACGAACAGGAGCAGCUGGAGGCCUGCGAGCAGCUGCGCUUGCAGGCGCUCAAGGGCCAGGCGGCCACUUUGCUGAAGGCCUCUGCCGUGGAGGUGUUGUUGGCCACGGCGCAAGCGUGCGAUGGAUCGGUGCGGAAGGCGGCGCUGCAAUGUCUCUGCAGCCUCAGCUCCGGCAGGGAGCUGGACGACCUGGAGGUGCCCGACGUGAGCGACCGGGCCGGCUCCCUGCCGGCGGCGGCUUCCGCCGCGAGGAAGCAGCUGCGGGCAGCCUUUGGCUCGGAGAACGGUCUGAAGCAGCUGGCUCGACUCUGCCAGAACCACGCCGGAAGCAUGAGCCAGCUCGCCUUGCUCCUGGGCUACUGCGCGGAGCUGGAGGACCAGCAGGCCUUGGAGGUGCUGCGUGCAGCCCUGGACUUCGGGGGCGAGGAGACACCUCGUGCCGGAUUAGUGGCGCUCAACUCCAUUUGUGACGCCCGGCGCCGCAUGGGAGCUGCAGGCCAGGCCUUGGUGCCCUCGAGAGCUCUGCUGCGGUGCCUGGAGAGUGCCUUGAGCACCGGGCACCGGGAGCUGCUGCAGGGUCUCCUGGCAGAGGUCUUUGCCUUGCUGGCAGACAAGGAGGAUCGUCCCAAGGAGCUGCAGGUGGACCUGGCCAGCGUGGGGCUUCAGAUCCUGGAACCCUUCCUGCAGUCCGAGGAGGAGCUGCUCCGCUGCAACGGCCUGGCGGGGCUCUCCUGCCUGCUUGCAGCGCAGAAGGAGGCGUCGCAGGUUCUGCAGCAGUCCGCUGCUCCGCUGAAGGCUAUGCUGCAGGCCGUGUCGGCCCCUGCUCCAGGCGCGGAGGGCCGCGCCGCCCAGGGCCACGCGGCGGAGUGUCUGCUGCUGGCGGCCUCGGACGCGCGCACGCGGCAGCGCUGGGUGGAGGGCGGAGGCAUCGACGUGCUACUGGGGGCUCUGAGCACGGAGAAGGGCGUGAACCGAGAGCUGGUUGAUGCCAAGCUCGUGGCAGUACUGGCCAUCAUGGCGGCUCACAACAAGGACGUCCGUGACGAGGUCUUCGACCGCGUGGACUUCAUGAUGGAGCUGCGCUUUGCUUUGGACACAGCCCGUGAAAGCGUGUUGGCCGCAGAAGGCCGCGAGCAGAAGCGGCAGGCGCGGCGGUUGUGCAGCGGCCUCUACGAGAGCUUCGCCUGCCUUUCCAUCCACGGGGAGUUUAAGGAGCUGCUGGGGAAUUCCAAGAAGACCCUGGAGGCAUUGCAGGCGCUUGCCCUGGAGGAGGACUUGGGAGAGGACAGAUCCCUGAGCUUCUUCUUCGCCUGUCUUCUCUACAACCUCUGCAGGUCGCGGGAGGACAAGGUGAGGGCGAAGACGGGGAACCCCAUGCUGGAUGAGUUGGGAGACGAUGACCUCAAGGCCUUGGAAGAGUUCUACGAGAGGAUGCCGGCGGAAGCCAGGCCAGUGCAGAACGGGGACGUGGACCCAGGGCCAAAAGCGCUGGCGCUGAGGUUGCGGAGCUGGGCGUUGCAGAGAGGCAGCACCGGCGGCGCCUCCCCAGUGGUGUCGAAGCUGUGCCGUUGCGCAGCUGGCGGCUCUGUGCAGACCAAGGUGCUGGUGGCCGAGGCGCUGCGCCUGCUUUGCCAGGACCAAGCCCAGCGGAAGUUCCUCACCGCCAGCGGGGCCUUGCGCGCGCUGCUGGAGCUGAGCGAAGUGCCGCAGGCCCAGGACGCCGCGAGGCAGUGCCUGGCACAGAUCCUGAUCGUGACCAACCCGGCGCUGCUCCAGUAUCAGGAACAGCUGAGUGCGGUCAGGCCCCUGCUGCAGCUUCUGGAGUCCAGAAACGAGCUCUUCCAGUUCGAAGGCGCCAUGGCCUUGACGAAUCUGCUGGUGAGCUGCGAGGAGCUCCGAAGCCACGCGCUGCAGUGCCAGGCGUGGAACCUCUGCAAAGACCUCAUCUUCUCCGACAACCUGCAGGUGCAGCGAGCAGGACUCGAGGCCCUGUGCAACCUUUGCAUGGCACCUGAGGUGGUGGAGCGCUUCGCGGAGGGCAAGGCGGAGGUGGAGCUGAAGAUCUUCGGGGCCUUCUGCCAGUCCGAGGAUGUAGCGGCACAGAUCGCCUCUUCCGGCGCGCUGGCGAUGCUGGCGCGAUACGAGGAGGUGGCCGUGCACAUUGCGGCCUGCGAGCAGUGCGUGAGCGGGCUCCUGUACCUUUUGGAUGCCGAGGAGCCCCCACUGCAGCACCGCGCAAUGGCGCUGGCGGCAGCUUUGAGCGAGGCGGACGGGGAGGCGGCGGCCAAAGCAGCAGCCGCGGCAAAGCAGAAGGUGCAGGUGCCGCGCCGCAGCCGGUCCUGAGCGGCGCUCUUUGCCGGGCGCUCCGAGCCAUCGAGCGAGCGAGCGGCGGCAGCACUGUCCG